UUUGGUCUUUUCUUCCAUUAUCUUACCAUUUAUCAAGAAACCUUGCCAUUAAGAUAUGGGGCUUGCAGUACUUGAAAACCAAGUUGGUAUUCUUUCUAUGAUCUGCAUGGUACUGCUCUUGCCUGCUAUAUGCGCCACUCAAGACGUUUUUACUUACUCAUCAAGAGCAACCUACUACGGUAGUGAUAACAGUCAUGGGACUCCAAGUGGAACUUGUGGGUUUGGAGAAUUCGGAAGGACUGUCAAUGAUGGCAGCGUGACUGGAGUCUCUAGGCUGUAUAAGAACGCAAGUGGUUGUGGUGCAUGCUAUCAAGUUAGGUGCACAUCAUCACAAUAUUGCAGUAAGGAUGGAGUGAACGUGGUGGUGACUGACUACAGUGAAGGUGACAACACUGACUUCAUACUUAGCUCCCGAGCCUACGAAAGAUUGGCACGCGUUGGAACCAAAGGGGCCAAGGAAUUGUUUGGUCGUGAUGUUAUCGAUGUAGAAUACCGAAGGGUCUCGUGCCACUACCCUGGUUACAACCUCAUGUUUAAGGUCCAUGAGCAAAGCAAAUAUCCUAAUUAUCUUGCUCUAGUGGUUAUAUAUGCAGCUGGGAAAAACGACAUCACAGCCGUCGAAUUGUGUCAGGAGGAUUGCAAACAUUGGAGGGGCAUGCAUAAAGCCUUCGGGGCAGUGUGGGAGAUGUCUAAUCAAGUACCAAGUGGUCCAAUAAAAAUAAGGUUUCGAGUGGCUGGCAACGGUUGGGUGGAAUCUAAAAAUGAUUUGCCUGCUUUGUGGAAAGCUGGGGUUGCUUAUGACUCAAACAUUCAGCUCUAAAUUAAUUAGAAAUCUCUUCUAAUUUUAAUAAUAUCUUGCUGUUUUAUUAUAAAGAAGUAUGAUCAUUCCAUGGGUUACCAUGUAAUUGAUUAUUAGUUUCUCUCUAGUUACCAGGGUAUUG